GUUCCGGACAUCGUGAAUGCCUGGACCUUGGAUCGACAGCACCUAUCACCGCUGAUACUGGAUUGCACAAGAUGAUUGUCAACGAGAUCCUUCCGCUGCUCGUGCGAUAUUGGCCGUUAGUGCUGGCUACGACUACGCUUGCAUUUCUACUCAACAACAAGUACUGGAAAGGACUAAACAAAUAUCCUGGGCCUCGGCUUGCUGGAUAUACCAAUUGGUGGAGGGUGUUGGACGUAUACACGCGGAACCACCACUGGAACAUUAUUGCGCUGCAUCGCAAACAUGGAGAUAUUGUACGGAUAGGGCCAAAUGUGUUGUCUUUUGCGGACCCAAAAGCGAUCAAGACCAUCUAUGGGCUGAAUAAGGGAUUCACCAAGUCUGAUUUCUAUCCCGUUCAAGGCGCAGUGGUCAAAGGCAAACCUCUACUAUCUCUCUUCUCUACUACCGACGAAGACUUCCACGCAAAAUACCGCCGAUGCGUAAACAACGCUUUCGCCAUGAGUUCGCUUGUCAACUAUGAGCCUCUCGUAAGCUCGACGCUUACAUACUUCCUCGACAGGACGGAACAGCUGUUCGCCAAUCCUGGUGCCAGCUGCAACUUCAGUCAAUGGCUCCAGUACUUUGCAUUUGACGUCAUUGGCGAGUUGACAUGGAGCAAGCGUCUUGGAUUCGUUGAGGGCAAUAAAGAUGUGGACGGCAUCAUUGGCUUCUUGGGUCAAUUUUUGGACUACGUCGCACCAAUUGGCCAAAUGCCCAUCCUCGACCGUUUUCUCUGGAGAAACCCAAUCCUGCUCUUUGCUCAACGCAUCGGCCUGGACAAGCGCGUCCAUCCAGUAACGCUUUUUGCCCUGAAACGCUCCAGUGAGCGUGCCAACCAGGUGGAGAAGAUCAAGCGCUUCGGUCUCUCAGACGAUGAGAGAGCAAAUCCCCGCGGUAUCGAUCUCCUCUCCAAAUUUGCGCAGGCUAGUCAUGACCACGAGUUCAUGGACGACAACCGUAUCCUCUCCACAUGCACAUCUAUGAUCUUUGCCGGCUCGGAAACUACCGCCCUUUCCCUCUCCUCCGUCUUCUACUUCCUCAUCAAGAACCCCCAUGCCUAUGCGAAGCUGAUGCGAGAACUUGACACCGCUGUCGCCGACGGCAUCAUCGAAUCGCGCCCCGACAAGACCGUUUCAUGGUCUGAAACCCAGAAACUCCCUUAUCUCGACGCCGUCAUCCAAGAAUCGUUCCGUCUCCACCCUGGCCCCGGCCUCCUCCUCGAGCGCAUCGUUCCACCACAGGGCAUGCAAAUCAACGGCGAAUUUAUUCCCGGCGGCACAAUUGUCGGUUGCAACGCCUGGGUCGUGCACCGCCGACCUGAAGUCUUUGGUCUCGACGUUGAGGCUUUCCGGCCAGAACGCUGGCUCGAGGCCACUCCCGAGAAACUCAAAGAGAUGAAGGGAACCAUGCUACAGUUUGGUGCUGGAGCUAGGACGUGCAUUGGCAAGAACAUUAGUCUUUUGGAGAUUUACAAGCUUGUCCCAAGUUUCUUGAGGAGAUUUGAGAUUGAGCUUGGACGCCCGAAUUCUGAGUGGAAAACUCACAAUGCGUGGUUUGUCUCUCAAAAGGGUUUCGAUACGAGGUUCAGGCCUCGACGGUCCUCGCCGUAAAGUGCUGGGAAACUGGCACAGUCUCUAUUUUCAGACUGUUUUUAUUUUGUGCAAGCGUUCUAGCGUGAUGAUUCUAAAUGGGCUUAUUUG